AUUAGUCAUUUUUAUUUUGCCUCUGCCAGUCUUCAUCAUUGAUUGUUCGGGACUUCGUCCACUCAUGUGACUCAGUAUUCAACAGCAGUAGUAAAGAGGAAGAAUGAGAGAUAGAGAGAGAAAUUACAAAAUAAGGAGUAGCUUUCCAUGAUUUGAUUCCUUCCAUAAUUCUGCAGAUCAUUAGAUGUAACUGUUGACGUCAAAGUGUGUGCCUCAACAAUGGCUUUUGGACUUCUCAUUGCAUAUGUUUUAUUGGGUGUGCUGAAUUUUGGGAACGCUGAAAUUUACAUCGUGACAGUUGAAGGGGAACCUGUGAUAAGUUAUAAAGGUGGAAUCAAUGGUUUCGAUGCUACAGCUUUGGAGGAAGAUGAGAAACUUAAUGUAGCCAGUGAUUCUGUUUCAUCUUAUGCAAAACAUCUGGAAAAGAAACAUGAUAUGCUUCUAGGGUUGCUGUUUGACCAAGGAACUUACAAGAAACUAUAUAGUUACCGCCAUCUCAUAAAUGGCUUUGCAGUUCAUAUUACACCUGAGCAGGCAGAAAUCCUUAGACAAGCUCCUGGUGUGAAAUCAGUUGAAAAGGAUUGGAAGGUGAAAAGGCUUACAACCCAUACCCCUCAAUUCCUGGGGCUUCCCACUGGAGUGUGGCCAACUGGAGGUGGCUUUGAUAGGGCUGGAGAGGAUAUUGUUAUAGGCUUCGUGGACUCUGGAAUUUUUCCACACCAUCCUUGCUUUGCAAACCACAUUGCUGAACCCUAUGGACUUCUUCCAAAAUUUCGAGGACAUUGUGAAAAGGAUCCGAAGACAAGGAAGAACUACUACUGUAAUGGGAAAAUCAUUGGAGCUCAACAUUUUGCAGAAGCUGCUAAAGCUGCCGGUGCAUUUAAUCCUGAAAUCGAUUUUGAUUCUCCUCUUGACGGUGAUGGACAUGGAAGUCACACGGCAGCCAUUGCAGCUGGAAACAAUGGAAUUCCUGUCAGAAUGCAUGGAUUUGAAUUUGGAAAAGCAAGUGGAAUGGCUCCCCGUGCAAGGAUUGCUGUGUACAAGGCACUGUACAGGCUGUUUGGAGGAUUUGUUGCAGAUGUGGUUGCUGCUAUUGAACAGGCAGUUCAUGAUGGGGUUGACAUUCUCAAUUUGUCGGUGGGGCCAAACAGUCCUCCAACAACUACAAGAACCACAUUUCUAAACCCUUUUGAUGCUACACUUCUUUCAGCAGUCAAAGCUGGAGUAUUUGUUGCUCAAGCAGCCGGUAAUGGAGGUCCUUUCCCCAAAACAUUGUUGUCUUAUAGCCCAUGGAUAGCAUCUGUAGCUGCUGCAGUUGAUGAUAGGAGAUAUAAGAAUCAUUUGACACUUGGCAAUGGGAAAAUAUUAUCUGGCAUUGGGUUGUCACCUUCUACACAUCCGAAUCGAACGUUCACUAUGGUUGCUGCUAAUGAUGUUGUUUUGGACUCUUCGGUUGACAAAUAUAUUCCUUCAGACUGCCAGAAGCCCGAACUUUUGAACAAAAACUUGGUGCAGGGAAACAUUCUUCUUUGUGGCUAUUCAUUCAAUUUUGUUGUUGGAACAUCGUCAAUAAAAGCUGUCUCCGAAACAGCGAGAAGUCUUGGUGCCGCUGGAUUUGUUCUUGCUGUUGAGAGUUCUUCGCCGGGAACCAAAUAUGAUCCUGUUCCUGUCAGAGUUCCUGGGAUUGUCAUAACUAAUCAGAAGGAUUCAAUGGAGCUUAUAAAGUAUUAUAAUUUGUCCACUUCAAGAGAUUGGACGGGGCGUGUUAAGAGCUUUAAAGGAAUAGGACGCAUUGGGGAUGGUUUGAAGCCUAUACUUCAAAAAGCUGCACCACAAGUGGCAUUGUUCUCUGCUAGAGGACCAAAUAUCAAAGAUUUUAGCUUCCAAGAUGCUGAUAUACUCAAACCAGAUAUUCUGGCUCCUGGUUCUCUAAUUUGGGCAGCAUGGGCUCCUAAUGGAACAGACGAAGCAAAUUAUAUUGGCGAAGGAUUUGCUAUGAUAUCUGGAACCAGCAUGGCUGCUCCUCACAUAGCAGGAAUUGCUGCUCUUGUGAAGCAGAAGUACCCUCACUGGAGCCCUGCGGCUAUCAAAUCAGCUUUGAUGACAACAUCAUCAACUAUUGACCGAGCAGAGAGGCCGCUACAAGCCCAAGAAUAUUCUUCUUCUGAAAUGUUGACACUGGUUCAAGCAACACCUUUUGAUUAUGGUAGUGGCCAU